AUGGACUGGAUGAGCCGGGCCCAAUUCGCAAUAGAGGCCUCGGUCGCGGAGUCCAUGGCCCGGUCCAUGAACCUCCCCUCCGUCGCUAGCCUUUUCAGGAUCCUCCUCUUCAAGAUCUGUUCUUUCCAUGAUUUUUCACUGCCUCGACGGCAUCUGGGGCCCGUUCUGAGUUAUUUGGCCUGCCAUGGUGCUGAAAUUGUUAGCCGGGUCGGGCCGAAAUCCAUGAAGUCCGAAGUUGGGGUAGAGCGGAGGUUGAGUUUCGGAAAAUGGUUUGUUCUUAUGGGAUUUCGGGUGUUGCGGCAGAGAGUGAUCGGAGGAGGUGGAAAAAUCGGCGGAAAAAGGUGGGAUUUUGGGGAGGUGAGGGAUUGA